AAGCGUAAUGAGCCUUUAUUGUGAAGGCGUAACCGGAAAUGACCACGUGACGACUACUAGCUGAGCACUGAGCAGUUUAACGAUCGGCGGCUGCUCUUCGUGCGUCGCUUUCACACUGCGCGCACACUUUUAGUUAAAAUGAGCUCCAUAGGGACCGGGUACGACCUGUCAGCGUCCACCUUCUCACCUGACGGCCGAGUCUUCCAGGUGGAGUACGCCAUCAAGGCUGUGGAAAACAGCAGCACAGCCAUCGGAAUCCGCUGUAAAGACGGUGUGGUGUUUGGUGUGGAGAAGCUGGUAUUGUCCAAACUGUACGAGGAGGGCUCCAACAAGCGCAUCUUCAACAUUGACAGACACGUCGGCAUGGCAGUGGCGGGUCUCCUGGCUGAUGCGCGUUCGUUGGCGGAAGUGGCCCGGGAGGAGGCGUCCAACUUCAGGUCCAACUACGGACACGACAUUCCCCUCAAGCACCUGUCGGAGCGUGUGGCCAUGUACGUGCACGCCUACACCCUGUACAGUGCCGUGCGACCCUUUGGCUGCAGCUUCAUCCUGGGCUCCCACGACAAAGACGACGGCCCGCAGCUCUACAUGGUCGACCCUUCCGGCGUCUCUUAUGGCUACUGGGGGUGUGCCAUCGGAAAAGCCAAACAAGCUGCCAAGACAGAAAUUGAGAAAUUACAGAUGCGGGAGAUGACGUGCAGAGAGCUGGUAAAAGAGGUUGCCAAAAUAAUCUACAUCGUCCACGACGAGGUGAAGGACAAAGCUUUUGAGUUGGAGCUCAGCUGGGUCGGAGAAGUCACAAACGGACGCCACGUGCUCGUGCCCAAAGACGUCCGAGAGGAGGCGGAGAAAUACGCCAAGGACUCGCUGGAGGAGGACGACGACUCGGACGAAGACAACAUGUAAACAUUUUUUUUGUGUGUUUUGUUUUGAAAAUAAAAGUUGUUCCCUGUA